ACUCUUCGGAGCCUUUGUUGGCAUUCAAAAGCUGAGAGACUCGGAGACUCUGAACUCUACUCUGAACCGCCAUGGAGUACGACGCCGAUGACAUUUUCCGAGACGAUGAAGACGACUCAGACAACGAGUUCUAUCAGGAAAGGGCAUCGACCAAGGAGCUCGUGGUCUACCUCGUCGACGCUUCCCCCAAAAUGUUCAGCACUACUUCUCCGGCCGAAGACGGGGAGGAUGUGACUGAUUUUCAUGUUGCUAUGAGUUGUAUCUCGGAGUCUCUGAGGAAGCAGAUUAUUAAUUCUUCGUAUGAUGAAGUUGCUGUAUGCUUCUUUAAUACUAGGGAAAAGAGAAACUUGCAAGAUUUAAAUGGUGUUUAUGUGUUUAAUGUUGAUGAGCGAGAUAAUCUGGACAGGCCAACAGCAAGGCUGAUAAAAGAAGUUAGUAAUGUAGAAGAAUCAUUUAUGAGCAAUAUUGGGAGUCAGUAUGGUAUUAAUUCUGGGUCUCGUGAAAAUUCUCUUUACAAUGCUCUUUGGGUAGCUCAAGCACUGCUGCAUAAAGGAUCUGCGAGGACAGCUGAUAAGCGGGUUCUUUUAUUUACAAAUGAGGAUGAUCCAUUUGGCAGCAUUAAAGGAAUCAUAAAGACAGACAUGAUGAGAACCACAUUGCAGCGGGCUAAAGAUGCACAAGAUCUUGGCAUUUCAAUUGAGCUUCUUCCAUUGUGUCAUUCAGAUAAUGAAUUUAACGUUUCAACUUUCUACUCUGAUUUAAUUGGACUUACUGGUGAUGAACUUGCUCAAUUCAUGCCAAAAGUGGGAGAAAAAUUGGAAGAUAUGAAGGACCAGCUAAGAAGGCGAAUGUUCAAGAAACGUAUUGUUAGAAAAAUCACUUUCUCUAUUGCCAAUGGGCUUUCAAUUCAACUCAGUUCAUAUGCUUUAGUCCGUCCCACUAAUCCAGGAGCAAUCACCUGGCUUGAUUCGGUCACUAACCGUCCUUUAAAGGGAGAAAGAUCUUUAAUUUGUACUGAUACUGGUGCACUGGUACAGGCAUCUGUACAACGGGUUCAACCCUAUAAAAAUGAAAAUAUCAAGUUCUCAGUGGAGGAACUCUCAGAGAUCAAAAGAAUUUCUACUGGACAACUUCGACUCCUUGGCUUCAAGCCCUUAAAUUGCUUGAAAGAGUUCCAUAAUUUGAGGCCUUCAACCUUUGUGUUCCCUAGUGAUCAGGAACUAAUGGGCAGCACAUGUGUUUUCAUUGCACUACAUAAAUCCAUGCUACGUCUAAAGCGUUUUGCAGUUGCAUUUUACGGCAGUUCAUCUCGCCCUCAACUGGUUGCUCUUGUUGCUCAAGAGGAGAUAGUCAGUGCAGGUGGUCAGGUUGAGCCUCCGGGGAUGCACAUGAUAUAUCUUCCAUAUUCUGAUGACAUUAGACACGCUGAAGAGCUUCUUAUGGGUUCAUAUGCUGCAGCACCUCAUGCAAGUGAUGAUCAAAUUACAAAGGCUUCUGCUUUAAUCAACCGUCUAGAGUUGAAAGAUUUCUCAGUUUUCCAAUUUUCUAACCCUGGCCUUCAGAGACAUUAUGCAAUACUGCAGGCCUUAGCUCUGGACGAGGAUGAUAUACCGGAAAUUAAAGAUGAAACUUUUCCUCCUGAGGAAGGCAUGUCUAGACCAGCAGUUGUUAGAGUAGUAGAAGAAUUCAAGCAUUCCGUUUAUGGAGAAAAUUAUGAUGAGGAAACUGACGUUGCAAAUGCUAAAGCAAGUGAGACCACCAAAAAGCGAAAAGCAGCCGCAGAAAAUGCAGUUAAGGAGAUUGCUAAGCAUGACUGGGCUGACCUUGCAGAUAAUGGAAAGUUGAAGAAUUUGACAGUCAUGGACUUGAAGUGCUAUUUGACAGCAAAUAAUCUUCCAGUAGCUGGGAAGAAGGAAGCAUUGAUCAGUCGAAUAUUGACUCACAUGGGAAAAUGACCAAGGCCGACUAUCUCUUCUUUUGCAAUACUGAUCAAUGCCAUGUUUUGACCAAGGCGAGCCAUUGCCAUGAGCGGUAUGUCCUGAACGCUUAUGUACAUAUCAUGGGGGAAUUUGGUUUUGAAAAGUGAAGGAUGCAUUUCGUGGUGAUGGCAAUUAACUCACUAAAUCAUAGAUCAGAACGCAUCAGCACAUAUUGCAAAUUUGAUGCAAGCGUUUUAUGUAUAUCAAGACUGUUCGGUUUCAUCUUCUAUACAUCUAUGGAUUAACA